AUGACAAGCAACAAGGACGCCGUAGCAGCUUCAACUUCACCUGACCAGGAGCCGUCACCUUCGCCCACUCAGGAAGCAUCACCUUUGCCUGUUCAAGUACUGCCAGCUUCACCCGUAGAGGAUCCAUUGGCUUCGCUCUCGGUCUCGCGCUCGCUUCAUCCAGUUACAGAGGAGCCGCUGGUUAAGAAGCGCCGUACCAAGAACUUUCAGUUGCGCGAGGACUUGGCCAAAUCGCGUGGAUCUGUUACAGUUUGUAUGCCCGCUUUUGAGCCACUGACUUUUGACACAUGGGACGCAUUUAUUCAGGCCUGGAAUAGCUACAUGACGCGUACUAUGACCAUGUAUCGACGUCGAAGCUCAUCCACCACAACUUACUGGAAUAACAAGCACAAGUUCAAGAAGUAUCCCGUGCCGGAUGAUUUUAAAUAUGCUACAAUGGCUUAUUGGUGUACACAUGGCUGUAUUCAGCCAUCCCGGGGCCAUGGAGUGCGUACUCAUCUGCACAAUCGAUAUACGGGCUGCUUGGCCCGCAUUACUGCUGACGUCGUGUUUGAGGUGGUGGAUGGAGAGCCAAAUCGAGUUCGUUGGCUUGUCCGUGUGCGUAAUCAAAUCUCUCAGCACAACCACAGGAUUAGUGACGAGAUCUACAAUUGUUACACCAGCAACAGCUCCGUGCCCGACGAAUUGCUGUUGGGGCCCGAAGCAGGGAAUAAGCACCAGCUGCAUGUAGAUGAUGCAGCUUAUGAGCCUUCAGCGCGAAUUCUGACGGACAUUGACCGAAUGGCCGAUGAAUCUGGAUUCACAACCAAAAGCUUUCAAGAGUCGAAGCCAAAUGUUAAGGCGGCUUUGAUUAAAGCGCCAUUUGCAGCAGUCUCGGGUUUGAUGCUGAAGGAGGCGCUGGCGAACGAUCACAAGAUGAACAUGGCUGCCUCAGAAAUGCAGCCACUUUUGGAAGAGUUGAGAAACACGCCGUCUCGGGUAAUUCACAAGCGUCUGCAGGAUGUAGCGGAAAUGGUUGCGCACCUGCAGUCAAAGUGGCAACAGGACCGUAUAGCGGAGGAAGCAGUGCCAGCGCAUACGAUUCCUAUAGCUUCACAGACUACGACCGUGCCAAGUGAAGCAGGGAACAUAUCCAAGGGGGCAGAAAUAUUGGAAAAAAUGCUAUGA